AUGUUUACCUCCAAUAAAUCCAUCGAUUGUCUUCAUGGCGUUUCAGAUCCAAUGGAAUGCAAAUUGACAAGAAAGGGAGAGGAAUAUGCAGGGUUCACGAACGUAGCGAGGAAUGGAGAGAAGUGUCAACCUUGGCUGAGCCAAACCCCAAACAAGCAUUCAACGCUCCUUUUGCUGCCGAUGUUUCCCGAUCCUGGCAUCGACAGCCGCCACAGCUACUGUCGAAAUCCCAGCAAUUAUGCAGGCGGUCCCUGGUGUUACACCGAAACCGGGACUGGUCUCCAUGAAUGCGAAAUCCCAUUCUGCUGGGACUUCCUUAUGAAAUCAGCUCUAAAAGGCAAUCCGAUGUUAGAUCUGGACUGCCGACUGACAGAAAUGGGGAAGGAAUAUGUGGGGAUAGUGCAUGUGACGGAGAGUAGAACACCAUGUCUCUCGUGGGAUUUACAACCGUAUGGAAAGACUGAUGACUUCGAUAUUGAGAUCUCAUAUGAGAAACAUUUCCAUUGGGGAGAUCCAUCAAAGCACCGAAACUACUGUCGGAACCCUACAUCGAAGAAUCGACCAUGGUGUUUCGUCCACGAUCUAGAGAAGAAAUGGGAGUACUGCGACGUGCCCUUAUGUCCGAUUGCGUAG